GGCUCAGUUCGCUCCUCUCUCUGUGUUCCCCAUUUUACUCCCCAAAACCCCGAUCUCUUCAAACCCCGUCUCUCUCUCUCUCUUUUUUUCCCCUCCUGCUCAUCAUCUCGCUUUCGUUCCAAUUUGCGACCGGUGUUCUCGCCGGCGGCGGCGUCCUUGACUUCCGACUGAUCCUAUCUCCGGCGACCUGGUCUGUUGAUUACUCAUCGUGUCUCCCAGAUAUUUGUGCGGAUGGCCAACAAUCCUUCCGGGCCACAGUUCAGACCUGUGGUUCCACCUCAACAGGGUCAUCCAUACAUGCCUCCGGCAUCCCAUCAGUUCCUCCCUGUUGGACAAGGGAUGGCUGGACCAAACGGUGGAAUGCCAUCACCCCUUUUUGCGCAGCCACCACAGCAUAUGCCUCAGAGGUCUGGAGCUCCAGGUCAAGGUUUCCCUUCGUCGCAAGUGACUCCAAUGUCAUACAUGCAGCAAGCUAGGCCACAACACAAUGCACCAGUUGCAAACAACCAUUUGCCUAAUUUAAGUGGAGCUGGAAUGUCUCUUUCUUCAUCGUAUACAUUUGCUACCUCCUAUGGCCAGCCACCAAAUACUGUCCAGGCUACAUCACAUUACCUACAAGUCCCCCAAAUGCAGACAUCUAUUGCACCUGCAGGGGGUCAGACUUGGCCUGCACCUGAAACUCAGAAUUCGCAGCUUGGUCCCCCUCUCAUUCAGGCUGGACAGCAGCCUUCACCUAUGGCUGGCAUGGUUCCUAAUUCAGGCGCACAUCCUAGCUCCAAUGAGGCAUCCUCUUCUGAUUGGCAAGAACAUACAGCUGCUGAUGGGAAAAGAUACUAUUAUAACAAGAAGACCAGGCAAUCCAGUUGGGAGAAGCCCAUUGAGCUGAUGACGCCCCUUGAGAGGGCUGAUGCAUCUACUGAGUGGAAGGAGUUCACAACUGCAGAGGGACGAAAAUAUUACUAUAACAAGGUUACAAAACAAUCCAAAUGGACUAUUCCUGAUGAACUCAAGUUAGCACGAGAACAAGCAGAGAAGGAGGCAGCUCAGCUUAAUGUGACACAAACAGCAGCUUCUGCUGAUACAGCUACUUCUUUGGCCACAGCAAAUGUUGGGACUCCUAAAGUGACAUCUGCAGUAGCAUCUAGUCCAGUACCAGUGACGGCUGCUAGCGCUGUCAUCCCACAAAAUGUAACAGCGUCAGGAUCUCCACCUUCAAUCAAUAUACCUUCUGUUACAGCUUCUUCUGUUACCUCUGGAACAACAGACGUAGGUGUGUCUCUUGGCACUCCUUCCACACCAUCACUCCCUGUUUCUGCAAGUAAUGGAGUUCUUUCUGUUGAAAUGGAUGCUACAACAACUGCAGUGGACAAUGAUGAACGUUCAUCUUUGCCAAACAUUGCAACCCCGCUUGAUGGAGCUUCUGCUCAGGAUUUGGAGGAAGCCAAAAGGGGUAUGCCUGCAGCUGGAAAGAUAAAUGUCACUCCUGUAGAGGAAAAGUUUGUGGAUGAGGAACCUCUUGUUUUUGCAAACAAACUGGAGGCAAAAAAUGCCUUCAAGUCACUUCUUGAAUCUGCAAAUGUAGAAUCUGAUUGGACUUGGGAGCAGACCAUGAGAGUUAUUAUAAAUGACAAGAGAUAUGGUGCUUUAAAGACGCUUGGGGAGAGGAAACAAGCAUUCAAUGAGUACUUGGGCCAAAGGAAAAAACAAGAUGCUGAAGAGAGGCGCAUCAGACAGAAAAAAGCACGAGAGGAGUUCACUAAAAUGUUAGAGGAAUGCGAAGAACUCACAUCAUCCACCCGAUGGAGCAAAGCCGUAACUAUGUUUGAAGAUGAUGAACGAUUCACUGCUGUUGAGCGGCCUGGAGACCGCAAGGAUCUCUUUGAAAACUAUCUGGUGGAGCUUCAGAAGAAGGAAAGAGCAAAAGCAGCAGAAGAGCACAAGCGAAACAUUGCAGAAUAUAGAACUUUUCUUGAAUCAUGCGACUUCAUCAAGGCAAACAGUCAAUGGAGGAAAGUUCAGGAUCGCCUGGAGGAUGAUGAGAGAUGUUCUCGACUUGAGAAAAUUGAUCGACUGGAGAUUUUUCAGGAGUAUAUUCAUGAUCUGGAGAAAGAGGAGGAGCAGCAGAAAAAGAUGCAGAAGGAGCAAUUAAAACGGGCAGAACGCAAAAAUCGGGAUGCAUUCCGCAAGAUGAUGGAAGAAGAUGUUUCUUCAGGUUUGCUUACAGCUAAAACUCACUGGCGAGAUUAUUGUGUAAAGGUCAAGGAUUCACCAUCCUACCUAGUGGUGGCAUCAAAUACGUCAGGUUCGACACCUAAAGACCUCUUUGAAGAUGUUUCAGAGGAGCUUGAAAAGCAGUACCAUGAUGAUAAGGCUCUGAUCAAGGAUGCGAUGAAGACUAAAAAGAUUGUUCUGACGACAACAUGGGAUUUUGAAAGUUUCAAAGAUGCUGUUUUGGAUGAUGAGAAUAUGAAGGGAAUAUCAGAGAUAAACUUAAAGCUCGUAUUUGAUGACUUACUUGAAAGGCUGAGAGAGAAGGAAGAGAAAGAAGCCAAAAAGAAGCAACGUCUUGGAGACGAUUUCACAGAUCUUCUGCAUUCAUUCAAGGAAAUAACUGCAUCUUCAAACUGGGAAGAAAGCAAAGUGUUUUUUGAAGAUAGCCAAGAGUACAAGUCCAUUGAUGAGGAGAGCUUUGCAAAACAAAUAUUUGAGGAGUAUGUUGCACACUUGCAAGAAAAGGCAAAAGAGAGAGAGCGCAAGAAAGAAGAAGAGAAGGUGAAGAAAGAAAAGGAACGAGAAGAGAAAGAGAAGAGGAAGGAGAAGGAGAGAAAGGAGAAAGAAAGAGAACGCGAGAAGGAGAAAGGAAAGGAGCAAGACAAAGAAAGGGAACGCGAAAAGGAGAAAGGAAAGGAAAGGUCUAAAAAGGAUGAAUCAGAGAUUGAAAAUGUUGAUGAUAGUCGUAGUGGAAAGGACAGAAAGAGAGAAAAAGACAGAGAUAGAAAGCAUCGAAAGCGUCAUCACACUUCAGUAGACGAUGAAGCCUCCGAUAAAGAUGAGAGAGAGGAGUCGAAGAAAUCGCGUAGGCAUAGCAGUGAUCGCAAGAAAUCUAGAAAGCAUGGAUAUACUUCAGAUUCUGAUACCGAAAUCCGUCACAAAAGGCACAGGAAAGAUCGAGAUGGGUCUCGUAGAAAUGGUGCUUAUGAAGAGCUUGAAGAUGGAGAACUUGGAGAGGAUGGGGAAAUCCGUUAGUGUUCUUUACCUUAAACCUUUUGGGGGCUUGAUAUUACAUUUGCAAUGAUUAACAAAGCUGCAUCAGAUCAAAGGUCAUACAAAUUUCUUAGUUUUGCUUAAAAAAAACCCCCACGAAAACAGUCGUAGCUUAAGAUGUUUUUUGCACAGUGAUGUCUGACAAUGAGUGAAGUGAUGAGCACUGGAGUCAUAGAGUUCAAAGUACAAUUCUGCUGCUUUAGCUUCUCUUCUUUCCAUGUGAUGAUUAUGUACUUGUUUCGAGGGUGCCAUGUUCAAUUGUUAAUGGUUAUAGUAGUUUUAUUUUCAA